GGUACUUUACUGAAACGUCAUUUCCUGUUUACAAAUUUCAAGAUGGCGUCUUGUGGAGAAGUGUCCACAGCAGUUCCUGAUGAAGAUGCAUCAGAAAGUCUUGCAUCACAGAAGAGGGAGGAAAGGCUAAGGAAAUUCCGAGAACUUCAUUUCAAAAGGAAUGAAGCUCGCAAACUGAACCACCAGGAGGUGGUUGAGGAGGACAAAAGGCUGAAGCUGCCAGCUAACUGGGAGGCAAAGAAAGCACGUCUGGAGUACGAGCUGAUGGUGGAUGAGAAAAAGAAGGACUGUGCUGCGCGCGGUGAGAACUACGACAGGGUGAAGCUGCUGGAGAUCAGUGCAGAAGAUGCCGAGCGGUGGGAGAGGAAGAAGAAGAAGAAGAAUCCAGACCCGGGCUUCUCCGGCUAUGCCGAAGCCCAGCUGCGACAGUACCAGCGGCUCACCAAGCAAAUCAAGCCCGACAUGGACAGCUACGAAAGGCAGAGAGAAGAAUAUGGAGAAGACUUCCACCCCACCUCCAAUAGCCUGAUCCACGGGACCCACGUGCCCUCAAAGGAGGGCGUCGACCGCAUGGUGCAAGACCUGGAAAAACAGAUCGAGAAGCGUGCCAAAUACAGUCGCCGCCGGGCCUAUAACGACGACGCAGACAUCGACUACAUCAAUGAGCGCAAUGCCAAGUUCAAUAAGAAGGCCGAGCGCUUCUAUGGCAAAUACACUGCCGAGAUCAAACAGAACCUGGAGAGAGGAACUGCCGUGUAAAUAUCCACUCUGUCCUCUGGACACUUCUAGAAUCAUCUGGGACCAUCACCCGCCAUAUUUUCUCAUUCUUUUACGUAGGCUUUUACACCUUUUAUUAACCAGACAGGACUGGGAGAGAGACAGGAAAUGAGUCGAGAAAUGGAGAGGGGGACAGGUUGGGAAACAACCUCUGGCCGAAUUUGAACCCAGGUCCCAGGUGUAAUGGUAGAGUGGACUAGCCCACUGAAUCAUGUCGCCCCCAUCUGUCAUACAGUACUGUCAUACACUGUACUCCAGGUAGGGCCAAUAGCACAAAGCUCUUUCAGGAUAAGUUAAGUUUAAGUUAAGAGGUAAAUCAUCUAAUACAAGAGUUUCUCCUAAGAAAAUGAGGACUCCAGGGUCCUCAAUUAGAUGAUUUACCUCUUAACUUAACCUUAACUUAUCCUGAACCAGCUUUGUAGUAUUGCCCCCAGGUCAAUUAUUUUAAUGGAAAACAAGCCUCUCUGAUUCCGAAAACAGUCUGUACCAUCUUCAUAAAUGAUUUAGAAAUGUCUCGCACCUUCUGGUGUUUGUAAGCAGUUACGUUUUUUUUUGCAGAGCAUUGCCAUUUGUAUAAAUGCAUUUAGAGUUUUAAUUUCUUGUUUGUUUCGUGCAAUAAACAAUUAUGGCAAAUAA